UACUUCUCGCGUUAUCUCACUUGCACGGAACAUUGUGUUAUAUUGACUGAAGUAAACGCUAUUCAAACAGAACGUUUAAUAUCAUCUAAAAUUAGAUUUAUAGAUAAUAUUUAAACAUAGUGUGUUGUUAAAAAUUUAGUUGGAAUUUUGAAUUACGAAGGUGAAGACAUAUUGUAGCGACGACGUCUGAUAUUUCAGACGAACUUUUUGACAACUUCAAUGAAAAUGAAGGAUAUUAAAGGAAAUAUGGAUACAAAUGUUACUGAAGAGUUUAGUGUAACAGACAAUAACCAUUUGACAAAGGCAGACGACAAAUAUAUGGAUUCCAUAGACUUGUCUAACGCCUGCAGAGAAUUUUACCAGACGAGAAAGAGAGCGGCGGAAGUGGUCAAGGAGAAACUGGCUAAUUCCGGACGUCCUAGAACUUGCAGGAAGACAACUUCCAUUGACGUUGCUAUGGAAACGCUCAGAACUGAAAUGGCUUCAUUGAUGGAUCAAGAUCUUUCAUUGAUGAAACAACUUCUCACGCUCAACGAGACCAUUGAAGAUUUAAAAUGGCAGAAAAAGUAUUACCAUAGCCAGUCGUCACUUCCGGAUAGCUCGUGCGAUCUCAGCAGAUCUGAUUUGUCAAUUUCUGAUACGGACAUGUACGAAUCUGAAAACGAAGUUUUACGUAAAUACCCGACAUCUUCUCCAGUCUCAGUACACUCAGUAAAAGACAUUGAAAGCAGACGAAGUUGUCGUGCUGAAAUUGCAGAUCUAGAAAGUGACAGUUUUGAAAAGUCUCAAAUUGACCUUUAUGAGUGCCCUUCAAUCGACACGACUUUACUCACAGAAGACUUUCAACGAUUUUUGGUGGGAAGCUGUUGCCACGAGGAACAAAAUUCGUUUGAUUCCGGUAUACACGAGCCUGCAAUUCGGAAACAAAUCCCAGUGUAGCAAAUUAAUUAGUAGACGUGAACAUUCGACAACACACUGGUGAUUUCCACCUGUGACAUCGUUCUAGUCGUGUGACCCAAAGCUAGAUGGCUAGAAAUUUAGAUGCCAGUAAUCAAACGAGAACAUUAUUAACAUGAUGUUCAAUAAAAUUAUGAUUUUUGUGUGCCUAACUAUCGACAAGACACAAUCAUUUGUUGUGUUAUAUUAAAAGCAUUUAGAUUUUAAAUGCCAGGUCAUGGGUGUUUUCCACGAAACAUCCGUGCGAUUCAGCAUGGCAUGGUACCAGUCGUGGCACGUGAUGUAUAGACUUCACGUGCCUCUUCUUCACGAGAGCUUUUCAAAAGCUAUAAAUAUGACUGAAGGAAAACGUGGUCAUCGUGGUCAUAUAUAUAUAUAGACCCUUUUCUCGGUGAAAUAUGUCUCCAUGAAUUAUUUCGUUUUUCGCAAAAACGCCGAGACAAGUGUUGAGUAGAGUAAAAGAACUGUCAGAUCUACAACAGAAUUUUUUAUCAUAUUAUUUUACGCAUUUUCAUUUUAUGGCACGUGCAGAAAUUGGGUCAGUUGUACGCUCGCAGCUGUUCUUUUCAUUUUGACUUUUCGACUCAAGUUUACACAAAGUUAAUUCUAGUAUGCUCUUAAUUAAAUUUUGUUAAUUUUGGAAAGACCUGAAAGAAUGUUUUCAUUUCGGAAUGUACACGUGUUUACACGUUAGUAAUGAUUAUUUUAUUGCGAUAGAAUACCAUAUUGUUUACAUUUUGUACAAUGUUUUGCUGCUUUUAGUACUUGUUUUAACUUUAAACUUCAAAUUUAUGUUAUUAUAUAACUAGUAUUUUAAUGUCUGCGUCAUAUUGUUUGUGUUCAGUUGUCGUAUAAAUUAAUCAAAACUGUCAGACGUCUGGUAUAUUUUAGAGAAGAUCGUGCUUUACCUUUUUAAGAAACAUAAAGAAAUCUGUAUUUUGUAGAUUUAUGCUUGUAGUUGCCUUAAUGACCUGGAUUUCUCGUGUUUCUUGGUUUCUGCACGUGUUAUGUAUGAAAAUAUAAAUGUUUAUAUGUUAUAUCAUAUCAAGGUAAUCAAAACUGUUAACAAUUUUCUUCUCAAGUUAAGUCAUGUGAUGAUAUAGUAUCUUAUAUUGUUAACAAUUAUGACUUCCUCACUUUGUGUUAAGUUACAUAAAAAAGAACUAAAGUAGCCAUUAAGAAGUGUGUUAACAGGUGAAGUACAUUCUGUAUGUUAUAGAGGACAUAAAGUACAAUGUAGUAUGUACAUGUUUUUUUUGUAAUAUAAGCUUAUAAAGUCACAAGUACAUGGGUGUAGCAAGUCGGAUUUUUAUGCAAAUUUGAAAAUUGUUCUAUGUUGGGGACAGAAAGAAAUCAUGAAAUUUCAAAAUACAUAUCAUAUCAAACAUCUCGCUUUGAUGAUUAGAUAGGUAAUGUAUAUUUAUAUCUAUGUUAAUUGAUUAUUUAUUACUUUAGAUUUAAUUCCUGGAGUCAUACCAACUUUCCGAAAUGGUCCCCAUUCACUAAUCGAAUACGUGCAUGCGUCAUGUACACACUUUAUGGCUAUUUUGAUGCACAAAAAAACUUAUGUAAGUGCCCAACCACUACAAAAAUACUAACAAGUGACAUGCAAGUGUUUUUCACUAACUGUUUAGUUUUGAAGUAGACUUCAAGUGGUGGCACGAGACUUCAAACGAAGACUGCUUCAGACAUACAACCGGUCUGCAUUAAGUGUUUGUUUAUGACUUAUGAAAUAUAAAUGUAUACAAUCAAUUUGAUCUAACUGAUUGCUUAAUAUAAUUUAUUGUACUGAAGAAAGAAGAGAAAAACAAAAUAAAAUUGAAAACACAG